AUGGAGCGCAACGGUCGAGAAAGAAUUCUCGAGAUGCUGUAUGGUGUAGAAGACAUUGUGGCAAUAAUGAUUCCUGAGCCAAAAGGAAAGGAGAUAGUAAGCCUGCUGGAAAGGAACAUCACGGUGACCAUGUACAUCACCAUUGGAACCCGGAACUUGCAGAAAUACGUGAGCCGCACUUCGGUUGUGUUUGUCUCCAUCUCUUUCAUCGUCCUGAUGAUCAUAUCCCUCGCAUGGCUGGUCUUUUAUUAUAUCCAGAGGUUUCGAUAUGCAAAUGCCAGGGACAGGAACCAGCGCCGACUGGGAGAUGCAGCAAAGAAAGCUAUCAGCAAGCUCCAGGUCAGAACCAUCAAGAAGGGUGACAAGGAGACAGAACCCGAUUUUGAUAACUGUGCAGUUUGCAUUGAAGGGUACAAGCCCAAUGACGUUGUGCGGAUCUUGCCCUGCCGGCAUCUUUUCCACAAGUCCUGUGUUGACCCUUGGCUCCUAGACCAUCGCACCUGUCCCAUGUGCAAGAUGAACAUUCUUAAAGCCCUAGGGAUCCCGCCCAACGCCGACUGCAUGGAUGACUUGCCCACCGACUUCGAGGGAUCUCUGGGAGGCCCACCCACCAACCAGAUCACAGGCGCGAGCGACACGACUGUAAAUGAAAGUUCAGUCACUCUGGACCCUGCUGUCCGGACGGUGGGAGCCUUGCAGGUGGUCCUGGAUACAGACCCCACCCCGCAGGAAGGAGAAGUCAUCUUUACUACUAACAGUGAGCAGGAACCAGCUGUAAGCAGUGAUUCUGACAUCUCGCUGAUUAUGGCCAUGGAAGUUGGACUGUCUGAUGUAGACCUUUCCACUGACCAAGACUGUGAAGAGGUCAAGUCUUGAAACGGUGACUAUAGAACAAAGGGAUGGUAGGACCCCAGGGGAAGGAAGGGAGGAGAACCUCAAGAAUUGGACCGGCUACACACACCUCCAGAACCACUUGGUAACUCCACGGCGCUCGGCUCAAGAAUGGUAAUGAAAGCAAUAUCCAAAGUCAUGUUAAUCAGGAAGCCGUCUCUCCAUCUGUACAACAGUCCAUGGCCUUGGCAGCUGAGAAGUCGAAAGCUGAUUUUCCCUCCCAUGUCCUUGUAGACACACACACUUCAGAAGCUCCUAAAACAGACAGGACACAUUUAGGGCUUCUUAGUUUUAUUUCCUUUUCUUCCAGGUCUUGUUUUGUUGUUUGGGGAAUGUGGUUUGAUUUCUUUGGCAGUUUCUUUUUAAAGACUGUGUGCAGUUUACAUGAUGUCCACCCCUUUGGUUGACUCCAGCUUUUGUAGAGAGUUCUGUUUCGAAGCACCAGUUCCUGCUAUGAUCAGUUUGUACACGCCAUCUCUGAGAUGAAUGGCCAUGACCUCUCAGCAUGAAGUGUGCAUGGCUUUGGGAAGUGCCUCAGCACCCUGAAAUAGUCUAAGGCCAGCUUUCCUUAAGAAUCUAAAUUCUUUUAAGUGGAUCUUAAAGAUCCUAGCUGCCAGAGACCCCAGCACUAAGCUCUGACUCUGCUGAGGCUACUAAUUAUUUGCAGCCACAUCACGCUGGUUUCCACUUGCCUGGCUCUGUUAAUGGCCCACGUGACGUGAGAAAGAAGCUUCAUUUUUGCCUGGAUCUUAAAGACUUUGACUGAAAUUCCAACUCCGAAGUCCCCCUCCAGGGCUGUAGCGCUGUUCUUCAUGACUGACUGUAGGGCUUGUAGCUGGGACUGCAAGCCCAGUUUUAAGACCAGAUACCACAUAUUCUUCCCAAAAGCAAAAAUGUCUGUGAUCUUGGUCUCCCCAAGGCUAGAACAGUCUUUUUUUCCCUCCACAAGUGGCUUCUGCAGGCAAUGGAGGCUUCAGAAGAGACCCAAUCCUCUGGGAGCCCAGUGUCCAACACAGUGGGGGCUGAGGGAGCGCCAGGGUUUUACCUUAAUCCCAACACACUUCUGUUAAACCUCACCAGACCUCAAGGGAGGGUUUAGGGGAAUCCUUAGUAGAUUGCUUCCCAGGGCUCCCCGAGUACAUCUAAAUACCAAGUGAGGAGGGACGUAUGAUUUGAUAAACCACUUGAUCUAAAAAGUACAGCAUGGGAAUUUACGAACCAAGUUUCUCCUGACGGAGAGAGACAAAGAGGGAGAGGAAAAGAGGCAUCCAAUCGAUACUGAGACCCACUGGCAUUUUUAAACUACUUACGUUUUUAUUCUUUUUUUGUAACUAUGACAGAGAUGUGCUAUUUUUUCAGUGGGCACUUUUGUAAUACAUUUAGACUGUCCAGAUGCAGAGAUGACUAAGGUAGUGAACGGUUUCCCUGGACAAUCACGGAUCACCUCAUCCUCUGUAAGAAGGCGACGCGGCUGCCUGGGUUACUAAGAAGGAGAGCUUUUCUCACUGAGGUAUUUACAUCUUUGACGAGGCUUCUCCAUCUCAUUACACUAAUACUCAUCCAAAAACCAGAGUUGGGCUGUGUCAUAAAUCCCCGCUGCCCUGCUGAAACAUGCAGUGGAUGUCAAGGGAGUGGAUGUCAGACUACUGGUUGCUCUUUUUUCACCAUCUUUAAUGAUUUCCUAUUUGAUGCUUUCUAAGUAGGCAGCAAGGCAAGGAAAAUGAUUACCACCUUCAGAAAUUUCACCUCUCUCUGGGAGUCUCACACGUCCUGUAAUGAAACCCAGUGUCAGUGUGCGAAGGCAGGCAAGGGGGCAGGAGUCCUGGGGCUGAGCCACAUGUUUGCUGGGCUUCAUCUUCUCCCUUCUCCCUCAUUUGUGAAAUGAAGGAGUUUCACAAGAUGAUGGCCAAAGCUCCUUCUGGCCUUAAGACUGCUAAUGAG